AGUGCUAUAGAUGGAUUACUGUUGACCAAGUUUUUAUUUUCACUAACAAAGGAUAUAUUUUUAAAAAUAUUUUUCUUAACAUGUAAUCAACAAAAUGAUACUCAUGUCACUAACACACAAGCCAUCAGCUGAUCCUUGAUUUCCAUUACAAAGACGGGCUUGUUUGAUAGACAUUAUCUAAGUGUGGUGAUAAAAAUAAUACAGUGUACUCCGAUUACCGUGGCGACACAGAAGACAUGUGAUUGGUUCUAAGGAGAGAUGAAUGAGGUGGAUAUUACAUUUAUUGGCUCUCUGGUUCUAACAUUGGUUAUCAUCACCAUAAAAACAGUUGAGGGUGGUAAAUGUUUACAAGAUGCACAGCGGCAAUGUCAGACAGAAUCAGCCGGUCUAAUAGAGGCCCAAACAAAAAGAUCAGGGGUUUGUGGUGCAUAUGCUGACUAUGACACCUGCAUAAAAACCUCCAUCACCAAGCUAGGCUGUUACCUGUCCCCUAAUGAAGCAGAUCUCUAUGAAAAAGAUAUAACUAAUAUAUACACUGAGUACCCGUAUAAGUGUACCAAAACUGCUAGUGGUUGGAUAGCAUCCUACACAGCCCGCUCAGGAGCAUCAGGGAGUUUGUCAGUGGUCACAGGGAGUGUGUCAGUCCUGAUCAGCUUCACCAAUACAAUGGGAUUUCUCUGUCUCUUACACUGAUUCUCAUGUUAAUUACUUAACACUGUGAUAUAUUAUUAUUUUUAAUUGUUAUCAUUUUAUGUAGAUAUUGCAAUAAAAAUAAUUCCACAAUUAAAA